UGUAUAGGUUCGCUAGUACUCCCACACUUCUUCCUUUUAGUUUUAUUGCUUAUUUAGAUGCCGAAACGUUAAGGUCAAUGCCAAAUCUCGUUUUAUGAAUUUAUUACAAGUGAAUCUUCAAUAGUGAAUCGGCAUCUGGUAGAAAAGUGAACCACGUGUAUACUCGCUGACAGUCGCAACAAAACCAGUAAUGGAUCAAACAAAACUCAAGGAACUCGGUAUUAAGUUGUUCGAGAUCAAUGCGUUCAAGUUUGGCGACUUCAAGAUGAAGGUCGGCAUUAACUCGCCGGUUUACUUCGACUUGCGGGUCAUCGUCAGCUAUCCGGAUGUGAUGAACGCAGUCUCUGAUUUGCUGACCGAGUAUAUUAAACUAAUCAAAGUGGACACGGGAGUUCAUCUUUGUGGUGUACCAUACACGGCACUGCCCGUAGCGACGCUAAUUUCAAUUAAAGCCGACAAGCCCAUGCUGAUUCGACGAAAAGAAGCGAAAACCUACGGCACGAAGAAGCUGAUUGAGGGGAAAUUCAACGCCGGUGACAAGUGCCUUAUUAUCGAAGAUGUCGUAACUUCGGGUUCCAGCAUAUUGGAUACGGUGAAUGAUUUACGAGCGGAGGGACUAAUCGUGACAGAUGCCAUAGUGGUAGUUGAUCGCGAACAAGGUGGCUCAAAAAAUACCGAAGAGAGCGGAGUCAAAAUGCAUUCACUAUUUACAUUGUCCUUCCUGCUGAAUGUACUGCAUGAAGCAGGUCGCAUCGAAGAAAGCACAGUGUUGGCUGUAUCCAAGUACAUCAAGGCCACACAAAUUCGAAGUGAUGGAUCGUUUAUGAAGAACGGAACACAAGUUGUCAACUUAUUGAACCGCAUGGGAAUGACCUUUGAAGCGCGAGUCGAUUUGGCCAAAUGUGCACUUAGUAAGGAUUUGAUGAAGCUCAUUGCCACUAAGAAAACUACGCUGUGCCUAGCCGCUGAUCUAACUAACUCAGAGGAAAUUUUGAACCUCGUAGAGAGAGUUGGUCCGUAUAUCUGUCUCUUGAAAACGCAUAUCGACAUCGUUGAGGAUUUCAGCGAAAAUUUUGUUAAGUCGCUCCAAUCGCUGGCCAAGAAGCACAAUUUCAUGAUUAUGGAGGAUCGCAAAUUUGCUGAUAUUGGUAACACAGUCUCACUUCAAUACGCCAGCGGCCCAUUCAAAAUAUCGACCUGGGCGGACUUAGUAACGGUACAUUCGCUUCCCGGCCAAGGCAUCCUGAAAGGCCUAAAAUCAGUGCUAAAUGAUGUUACCCAGGAGAGAGGUGCCUUUCUUCUAGCAGAGAUGAGUUCUCAAGGAAACUUGGUUACACCGCAAUAUACUGCAGCCACGAUGAAAAUGGCCACAGAAACGGAUGUUGAUUUCGUCGCUGGAAUUGUUUGCCAGAGCCCAGAGCUGGUCUCCUUCCCAGGUUUACUGCAACUAACACCCGGAGUUAAGAUUGAGGAAGGAAUUGACAGCUUGGGACAGAAGUACGACAGUCCCGAACAUGUGGUCAAAGUUAAGGGAGCGGAUAUUUGCGUUGUGGGCAGAGGUAUUCUGAACGCAAAGAACCAAACAGACACGGCAAAACUCUAUCGAGAUAGACUAUGGACAGCGUACUGCGAACGAGUUGGAUUAAAUGAAUAGGCAUGGAUUGCCUAGCAUAGCAAUCGAAUGUUCCUUGAGCUUCAAGAGCUUCAAGAUUAGAGCUGUAGAUUAAUUUGAUUGUUCAAAAUAGCUACCUGACUGUUGGAAGCAGAAACUAUAUUUGUGAAACCAUUCCUAGUUUUGUAUUCAAAAUUUUGAAACGAAUCUGAUAAAUAUAUAAAAUUUACCGCAAUUCAA